AACCCCACCAAAGAAGAAGAAUAGCAGCUCGAGUCGAGAGCUCAACUCGGAACCGUCUUUCAGCGAAUAAUAAUAACGUCCUACUCUUUGCUAUCAGAGCUAUCGUUUACUUCGAGAAAAUACACAUUUGUAUGCUAUAGCUAUUAAUAUGCUUAGGCAUAUCUUUAGCCUUCAGAAAAGAGACUUCAGACGGACAGCUUUUUUGAGCGCUCUACGAAAAAGAAAAAUAUACGGGAUUCCGAACGUUCGAUUCAUUCUGUAGCGAAACAAUUGGCUACAAUCUAUUGUUUGAUUCGGGGCGUGUUUUCAACCAAACGGAUACAGUUUAGUUUACGUCAAUUGUUUGGAACGUUGGUGAUCGUUAACUAUCACGACGGGAAAUCAAUCUGAUUAGCAACAGUUGCUGUUGAGCGAUUGCUGUCAUCUCUGAAACUAGUAGGCCUACGUGCAUUUCCCGACAAUUUUCUGAACGCUUCAAUUCAUUGAUCAAAAACAUCAACCAGUGACGUAAAAAGUUGGUGAAAACAAGAUAAGAAAAACGUCAUCAGACUAAAGGUCCAAAUAGGGGGAUUUCAGAAGUCAGAGCACAUGGAAUCUACAAAAGCAGGGGGUGUAAUAGCCUACAUCAGCUCCUCCAGCCCUGAGUCAUGUCAUAGUGACUCAAACGACUGCUACAACUCCUCUUCCCUGCCACACAACUCCUCCCACAUCUGUCGCCAGGGCAAUGUGGUGGACACGCCCCUAACCACGGCAGGUCUCCCACUGGCCCAUACUACAGCAAAGACCAGUGCAAAAUGCAGCAUUACUAAAAUCAACGGCCUGGUGCUGCUGUGUAAGGUGUGUGGAGAUAUUGCAUCUGGAUUCCACUAUGGGGUCCAUGCCUGUGAGGGCUGCAAGGGUUUCUUCCGUCGGAGCAUCCAGCAGAACAUCCAGUAUAAGAAGUGCCUGAAGAACGAGAGCUGUGCCAUCAUGAGGAUCAACAGGAACCGCUGCCAGCAGUGUCGCUUCAAGAAGUGUCUGCUGGUCGGCAUGUCCAAGGACUCUGUGCGUUUCGGCCGCAUCCCAAAGCGUGAGAAGCAGCGAAUGCUGCUAGAGAUGCAGAGUGCCGUGAACAACAUGAUGAACAACAGCCAGCUACACAGCCAGCUCCACGGUAACACACCCCUCACCCUGGCCAAUCAGCUUCAGGUGCCGGCCUGCCCUGGGGAGCCCCGCCCCCAAGAUGUUGACUCUGGUUUAGGCUCAUCCUCUUCCUCCACCUCUCCCGCCGCUUCCCCCGGGUCCAACCAAUCAGAGGAGCCCAAACAUCACCCAGAGUCUGCAGUCGCCAUGGAUACAAGCCGAAGCCCUAUAUCGGCGUCUCCAAGUGGUUCAGACCGCGGGUCAGAGGAUGGGAUUGGCUCGGUGACCCGGGCCCACCAGGAGUCCUUCAUGUACAAUCAGAAGCAAGGUAGCCCUUCCCCCCAGUCCCAGGCUGAUGCCCAGCCGACCUCCCUGGGGGAGGAGCAACGUGUCAGUGACACUGGAAAGAGGAUAGAGGAGAGGAACUGGAACCAGCAGGAGGCCUGGAACCAGAAGAACCAGAACCAGCAGAAUGACCUGGCCUCAUUCACAGCCACUCAGGCCCACAACCAGGCUCAGGAGAGUGAGAGGCACCAUUGCCAGGAGGAUGACACCUCCACCCCCAGCCAUUGCCCCUACAGCAGAGGUACUCCCACCACCCCCACCCAGAAUCACUGUCUCUACAGCAGAGACAGACUGCCCAACAGCUCCCCUAGUGGCUAUUUCCCAGCCUACACCCACCAUGGAGGCAACAACAGCACUAGCCAGGCCACCUCCAACUCCCACGGAGGAUUGACAAGACCACUGUGGAGCGGGGGCAACAGGAUGCAUCUGCUGUGUCCCAUGAACACAUCUCCCCAUGUGAAUCCCCAUAAGUCAGGCCAUGGGAUCUGGGAGGAGUUCAGCCACAGUUUCACCCCGGCCGUCAGGGAGGUGGUGGAGUUUGCCAAGCGGAUCCCAGGCUUCAGCGACCUCUCCCAACACGACCAGGUCAGCCUGCUCAAGGCUGGUACCUUUGAGGUGCUAGUGGUCCGUUUUGCAUCGCUGUUUGAUGUGAAAGACCGCACCGUGACAUUCCUGGGUGGUACCAAGUACAGCGUGGAGGCGUUACGAGCCAUGGGCGCCGGCGACUUCCUGACCUCCAUGAUGGACUUCAGCGAAAAUCUGAUGGGGCUCAGCCUUAGCGAGGAGGAGAUGAGCCUGUUCACCACCGUUGUCCUCAUCUCUGCCGAUCGCUCAGGGAUUGAGAACGUGAACUCUGUGGAGGCGCUUCAGGAAACUCUGAUCCGGCACCUGAAGGGCCUCAUCACUAAGAACCACACCAACGAGUCAGCCAUAUUCACCAAGCUGCUCCUCAGACUGCCCGAACUGCGCUCCCUUAAUAACAUGCACUCUGAGCAGCUGCUGGCCUUCAAGAUCCAUCACUAGACCAGAACCAAGUUCUGAACCUGGGGAGUAUUCAUUAUGCACCAAAUGGAACAUUAACUGAGAUGGGGAGGUACCACAUGAACUUGCCCAAUAAUAAAUGCUUGUUUUUUUCC